AUGACACAUUUAUUUAAAUAAGUAAUCUCUCUCAAUGAAUCCCAAGUCCCAACAUCAAACUAGGAAGAAGCAUUUUUGAUAGCAAUGUCUGAUGAAGCUGUUCAUGUUGCCAUGUUUCCAAGCGCAGGCAUGGGACAUCUAACACCAUUCCUAAGAUUAGCAGCAUUGCUUCUCAACAACCAUUGCAAAGUCACUCUCAUCAACCCUCUCCCCACUGUCUCUCACGCUGAAUCAAACCUCCUCUCUCACUUCCACUCUUCUUUCCCUCACCUCAACAUUCUCCCAUUUCAUCUUCCACUACCAUCUUCUUCUCCUCCUUCAAACUCCAUUGACCCUUUUUUCUUCAGAGUCCAAACUCUUCGUGACUCCAUACACCUUCUACCUCCUCUGCUAUCUUCACUCUCACCACCCCUCUCUGCUUUCAUCUCUGAUAUCAUGCUCAUUUCCCCUCUCCUUUCAAUCACUCUAAAACUUUCUAUCCCUAACUACACUUUGUUCACUUCUUCAGCUUCCAUGUUUUCCUUCUUCUCUCAUUUCCCUACCCUUUCUCAAUCCUUAUCUUCACAACCAAUAUCUGAUUCUGAUGCUGUUGCUGUUGAGGUUCCUGGUAUUCCAUUUUCACCUUUACCAUAUUCCUCUAUCCCACCAUUUCUUAUCUUCCCUACCACAAUUAGAAACUUUAUAAUGGAAGAUAGUCCUAACCUCACAAACUUAGAUGGUGUUUUUGCCAACACCUUUGAAGCACUUGAAUCUUAUUCACUAGAAACUCUUAAUAGUGGAAAAGUUGUCAAAAAUUUGCCUCCUGUUUAUGCUGUUGGCCCUUUUGUUUCUUUUGAGUUUGAGAAGGAAAGUCAACAGACAGCGUUGACCAAAUGGCUUGAUGGUCAACCUAUUGGAUCUGUGGUGUAUGUUUGUUUUGGAAGCAGGACUGCUUUGGGAAGAGACCAAAUGAGAGAGAUUGGAAAUGGGUUAAUAAGAAGUGGAUAUAAAUUUUUGUGGGUUGUGAAAGAUAAAAUUGUUGACAAAGAAGAAGAAAUUGGGUUAGAUGAAAUUUUAGGGGUUGAUUUAGUGGAAAAAAUGAAGGAAAAGGGGUUGGUGAUUAAGGAAUGGGUGGAUCAAAGUGAGAUUCUUGGUCAUAAAAGUGUGGGAGGGUUUGUGAGUCAUUGUGGAUGGAACUCAUUGGUUGAGGCAGUUUGGAACGGUGUGCCGAUAUUGGCUUGGCCACAACAUGGAGAUCAGAAGAUAAAUGCAAAGUUGGUUGAGAUUGGUGGGUGGGGGAUUUGGAACAAGAAUUGGGGUUGGAGUGGGGAACUUGUUGUGAAAGGGGAGGAAAUUGGAGAUGCUAUUCAAGAGAUGAUGGAGAAUAAAUUGUUGAAACUUAAAGCAAUGCAUCUUAAAGAGGAAGGAAGGAAAGCUACGAGUGUUGGUGGGGAUUGUGAGGUUACCAUUCAGAAGCUUAUUGAAAAGUGGAAAAAUAAUUAAUGUCAACAAUGUUUGAGGUGCUUAGUUUAACUUUUGCCAUUUGAUCUUGUACUACAUACUGUAGUUCAUAACAUUUAAGGUAAUUUUGUUGGUCCUCUUUUAAUGUCUUAGAGAUUUAUGUUUCUUAUGGAAUUAAUGUUUACCUGCACUAAACAUUGGUUAUUCCAUCUGCUUUGAUAAGGGACCAGAUAUAAUAAUCAAAAUAAUAAUGUUGCCUUUUUGUAAUGUUUUUCUCAUUCUUUCAUCUUAUACAACAUGGAGCUGAACCAAUUAGCAAGUCAAA